AUGUUUCAGUCGCUCAAGCAAUAUGAGAAGGCUAAAGAGUAUCUCAAAAAGGCGCUCGUCAUCACAACGGAAAUUAGCGACCAAAGUGGAGAAGCAUUGUGCUAUAAGAGGCUAGGUACAGUGUUUGAGUCUCUCGGGCGAUACGAAAAGGCUAAGGAGUAUCUCGAAAAAGCGCUUGUCAUCAGAACUGAAAUUGGCGACAGACAAGGAGAAGCGUCUUGCUAUGAAAGCCUAGGUGCAUUGUUUGAAUCUCUGGAGCAAUACGACAAGGCUAAAGGGUAUUUCGAAAAGGCGCUCGUCAUCGCAACUAAAAUUGGCGACAGAGAAGGAGAGGCAGCCGGCUACGCAAACCUAGGUUCUAUGUUUGAGUCUCUACGGCAAUACGACAAGGCUAAAGAGUAUCUCGAAAAAUCGCUCGUCAUCACAACUGAAAUUGGUGACUGGGCAGCAGAGGCAGACGCCUACGGAAACCUAGGUUCUGUGUUACUGUCUCUCAGGCAAUACGACAAGGCUAAAGAGUAUCUCGAAAAAGCACUUGUCAUCAGAACCGAAAUUGGCGACAGAACAGGAGAGGCAGCCGACUACGGAAAACUAGGUGUUGUGUUUCAGUCGCUCGGGCAAUACCACAAGGCUAAAGAGUAUCUCGAAAAAGCGCUUGUCAUCACAACCGAAAUUGGAAACAGAAAAGGAGAGGCAAUCGAUUACGGAAACCUUGGUCAUGUGUUUCAUUCGCUCGGGCAAUACGACAAGGCUAAAGAGUGUCACAAAAAAGCGCUUGUCAUUAUAAAUGAAAUUGGUGAUAGAAAAGAAGAGGCAAACUGCUAUGGAAGCCUAGGUAAAGUGUUUCAGUCGCUAGAUGAAUACGGCAAGGCAAAAGAGUAUCACCAAAAAGCACUUGUCAUCAAAUCAGAAAUUGGCGACAGAAGAGGAGAAGCAUCCUGUUAUGGAAACCUAGGUAAUGUGUUUCAGUUGCUCGGGCAAUACGACAAGGCUAAAGAGUAUCACGAAAAAGCUCUUGUUAUCGUAACUGAAAUUGGCGACAGAAGAGAAGAGGCAGCCGGCUACGGAGCCCUGGGUAAUUUGUUUCAGUAGCUCGGGCAAUACGACAACGCUAAAAAGUAUCUCGAAAAAGCGCUUGUCAUAGCAAUUGAAAUUGGUGACAAACGAAUAGAAGCAUCGUAUUAUGGAUGCCUUGGUAGUGUGUUUCAGUCGCGCGGGAAAUAUGACAAAGCUAAAGAGUAUCACGAAAAAAUGCUUGUCAUCACAACUGAAAUUGGCGACAGAGAUGGAGAAGCGUCCAGUUACAAAAACCUAGGUGAUGUGUUUCGGUCGCUCGGGCAGUACAGCAAAGCUCAAGAAUACCU